UGGGAUCCCGCAGGUCGCGUCGGUGAGCGCGGGGGUCCGGCCGGGCUGCGGGCCGGGCGCAGCAACUCCGGGCCGCAGCCGCAGGUAGGCGCCGCGCGCGGAGCCCCGACAGCGUCCCCGGAGCCCGGGUCGCCCGCACCGAUCCUGCGGGACGGCGCGGACCCACGCCUGCAGGAAGCCCUCCGGCCCGACCAAAGGUGCCGUCGGUAGCAUGCCCAAAUCCAAAACAGAAAGAGGAAUACAUUCUAAGUGGUGAAGAUGACAGGACUUGCUGGAGAGCUGAGAAUCCUCUGGCCCCACAAGCACCAUGGAGAAAAUCAGCUUCUUCUUCAGCGCUAUCUGGGACACCAUCCUGAUCAAACACCAAGAGGGAAUCUUCAACACCAUCUGCCUGGCAGUGCUCCUGGGACUGCCACUCCUGGUGAUCCUCACCCUCCUCUUCAUCUGUUGUCACUGCUGCUGGAGCCGGCCAGGCAAGAGUAGUCAACAGCCAGAGCGAAACAAAAAGAAGAAAAAGAAGAAGAAAGAUGAGGAAGACCUCUGGAUCUCCGCUCAGCCCAAGCUUCUUCAGAUGGAGAAGAGGCCAUCGCUGCCUGUCUAAUGAAGCACGAAGUGUCCCAGAGACAAGAGAAGGAACGCCAGAAGUGACAGACUUCCACCCACUGACUACUCAUCCAAAGAACCAAUCUCAUACUUGAGGGUCCCAAUGGAGAGACAGAGGCACAUGGCCAGUUCUUGCACUGUCUCAGCAGCUACGCACCCAGUAGCAAUGCUCUGCUACAAAUCCAGGCAUGCCUUGCACUUUUCUCUUGCCUACUCCAUGCACAAAAGCACAAAGAAUACCGACCCAUAUACCUUAUAGGACUACCAAGUAUGCACACCUUCCCAAUCACACAUCUGCAAAUUCAGACAACAGGCACGUGGGCAGGGUCAUCAAAUGGCCACUGAAUAUAUACUUGAAGCAACGCGGUAUGUUGAACACACUUGCAGAAAUGAGAAGGCACGGCCAGAUCUAGCCACAGAGACCCAAUUCUGCAACCAAGCAAGGCCCGCAUGCACUGUCUAUACCAAAUGCUACUCUGGAUGCACAGGUGUGCUGUUUUGUUCCUAUACCUACCUUUUACUGGAAACAUGUUUAGACAUUCCAGAAAUCCAUAGCACCCCUACUCUGGUAUAUAUUGAAUCAAACACACCAAAUUCCUGUGUUUCUGACCUCUUACCUGUGCCUAGAAGUUUAAAAUAAGAUAGAUGGAAAUUCAUUGGCAGCUCUUGGCUUGCAGCUCAUGACAAGGUUCUCAUUACCACCGACAGGUGCUUAAUGGGUCUGAGAUCAAUCUGGGAUGCUAUCUCCUAACCACUCAACAAGAUGUCCUUUUUCAAGCAUGAGCAAACAGCAGUGACUGCUAAAAAAAAAAAAAAAAAAAAAAAACUAUCUGUGGAAUCCCAUCCAUCCGUUUCAGUGAGGCACAGUGGUGUACCUCUGCAGUGCAGGCACAGAUUGACAGAGCAAGGAAGGCUGUACCUGAGCUAAGGUUCUUCCGUGUAACCAAAGGUUUUUCAGUCGAGAAGGAAUUAAGAUAAUCACCAGGAGAGUCUCAAAGAAGGCACAGUGGAAAUAAUUCCCAUCAGGUGGUAAUGGUUCAUGGUAUGUUGCAGGUGGGAUGCAAAAGAAUUAGUUUAAGUAAAAGGAGGAAGCUAUAAAAAACAUUUACUACAGUUUUCAAGCUCAGGCAAGUGUCACACAGUAGGUACUUAAAACUGUGGUUGCUAUUGGAAAUAGGAUAACGUUAAGGGUAAAGGUGUCAUACUCCCCCAAGAGACCCCUCUCACCACCACCAAUUGCUGCAGCAGAUGAAACUAGUUAUUAAGACCAGGGUUGAGUUGAUACCUGUUCCCUGAAGUGUGUGAGGCCAGGUAAACAAGUUCUGCAUUGAGCUGAGGAGAGCUUUUCCACACCAGACCAAGUUAAUCCACUUCCAUGAUGGUCUGCUGGGCAUUCUGGGCAUAGUGUGGCCAUGUUAGGAAGAUGGGUAAUUCCCAGCUUGGAAGUGAGUUGUUUCUAACAGUUGGCUUUCAGAUCUGCUGGGGAGCUCUCUUGAAAUAGUUUCCCGUGGAAGCUGUUCUAGACAAAUCACUGUCUCAUUAAUAACAUGGCUAAAAACUAUGAUAUUUACAGUAGCAAAAAAACUUAAAUUCAUGUUAGGAGGUACUCUCCUUGCCAUCUGACUCUCCAGGCCCUUGGAAGUGGGAAGUGUUUGGUGGUGACUUUCGCAUCAAGGUCUUCUAACAGAUACCAUAUGAAUCAUAAUUUAGCCAAUAGGUAUUUUAGUGUCAGUCACAAUCUCACCCUACAUUUCCUAAACCCCUAAGGUACUCGGGCGCUCUACCCAUAAACCCCUUGGCCAGAGAAAGAAGCCCUAAUGCUGCACUUCCUUGUUACUUAGAGUGCUGCUUGUGGGGCAUCUGGCUGUCCCCUGUUUGUCACGGGAUGAUCAGCCAUCACCCCACAUCUCAGGCCUCCUCACCAGGAUGCGCCUCCCUUUCUAUCCACCACCAGGAGUCCCCCACCUCCCCACCCCUGCCCAACUCCCACCCCAAAAUGGAUGGCUUUGGAAAGAUGCAGAGGCUGAUAACAGGGUAGAAUGUCAAUUGUGAUCCGAGAGGGUGGAUCUUCUGGAUCAGGGACCAUUCGAGUGACAUGGUUUCCAUGGCAACUGGCUGCUGGCUUGAAUUAAGACCGCCAUCAGCUGUCAUUGCCGUGACAAGGCCUCUGUCUUCAGGCAGAGCGUUCCUCCUGUCCCCUCACUGAGUGGACGUGUGCCAGCUCCAGGGAGAAAAUCCCCAGCAACUUCUCAGUUGCUCUCAUAGCCUGGGAUCCAGAAGAACCGAUCCCAGGGGGACUCCAUUUCCCAGCUGGGUCUCCUGGGCAGCUUUCCUGGAGUGUUAGCCUGGUUGGGGCAUGGGCUGGUCUCUCACCCUGUGGCAGGGUAAUGGGAGUGCAGAGUUAGAGGUAAAAGAGGGCCUUCCUCUUUCCUUAUCUUUCUCAAAUGUUUUUUUCUUGCUUGCUAUUGUUUCUAACAUAUUUAUAAGAUGAUUUUUUUGUUGUUGCUUUGUAUGU